AAAAAACUUGGCGGUGGGUAGUUGUCGCGAAAUUUUUAAAUUCAUUUUGAACUCUGUAUCCGACCGAAAAUUUUAAGAAGGUUAAUAUUUUAUAUAAUUUCGAAAAAAUUGUUUGAUUUUACUUAAGGUAUAAAUUUCGACAACUUGCGACUGAUUUACGAUAACAGAUUCAAAACACGCGACACGAGGGAACACAUGCAACAAAGCUGAAAAGGUUUGCAUGAUUCUGUCCGUAACGUUAUGGUCCACUUGUUAAUGAAAAAUGAACCUAUGAAAUACAAAAUGGAAGAUUCGUCAUUUGAGGAAGAACCAACUCGAACAAGAAGGCGUCCACCCCGAAGUAAGAGUAGAAAACACACCGGCAUUAGGGGUAACCCUGAGGGAGACAGUCUUUAUCAUAAACAACAGAACAAGAUUGUAGCCCCGCCUAACACAGACAAUGAUGACUCAUUUGAGGUUCAGUCACCAAGGAAACGAAAGAAAAAUGUAGAGCAAGAUGCGACAGAAGUGAUGGAGAAAAGACACAUGAUGAAGAAAAAGAAGUCUAUGUAUAGUGAUACAGACCUGUCCUCACUGGACGUUACAGACACCCCGGAUACACUGAGCCAAAUAAGUGCCAUCGCACCAGUAUCGGAUAUGUCCAUGAUGACAACGUUUCGAAAUCCCAGAGGUCGACAUGACAUGACGUGGGAAAAGGCAGUACAGAAAGCCAGAGGACAACCAGAUGGUGCAGAAAGGUCGUUCAACAGGAAGAAAAGCAGUAAGGUCAUGAUUCAAAACCGACCAGAGGUAAUUAGAGAAGUGGCUGAGGGAGUGGAAUCUGACAAAUCUGUAGAAAACAUUCCAGCAGUAGCAAACGUACCAGAGGAAAAACCACAGCCACUGGAAAGGAGAAAAUCUAUCAAGGUAAAAAUAAAAAGAGCAGCAAGUAAUGCGGCUGGGAAACUGAAGACUCUGAAAACAAAGAAACAGCUGAAUGAAAGUCGCACAACUCUAGGGCUGAAGAAAAAAAGACUUGAUGAAUCCCAGAAAGAGGAGAGAUCAGAAUCCAAAAAGACAAAAUUAAAAGAAUUGCCAUUUAAAGAAAGGAAGAAAGUUAGGAAAAUGCUAAAGAAUAAUUUUGAAGCUAUUCAAAGGUCAAAGAAAAUCUGGGAAGAUCUUCGGAGACAAGAUGUUCCAGAAAACAAGAGGAUUGCCAUGUGUGAUGAAUUGCUGGAAAUGGUGAAAGGCAAUAUGAAAGAGUUUGCCUUUGCCCAUGACACAGCCCGGGUCCUGCAAUGUUUGAUACAGUACGGAUCCCCAACACAGCGAGAUGUGGUGUAUCAGGAGAUUAAAGAUCAAAUAGUUUUAAUGUCCAAAUCAAAGUAUGCGAAGUUUUUGGUGAAGAAAUUUCUCAUAUAUGGCUCAAAACCAAUGAAGAAUGGAGUUAUUAAAAGUUUUCAUGGCAGUAUCAGGAAGCUAGUCAGACAUACUGAAGCCUGUGAAGUGGUGGAGUUGGCCUAUAAUGAUUACGCUAAUGCCGGUCAGAGGCUGUCUCUUCUGGAGGAAUUUUACGGACCUAGUUUUACAUUUUUUAAGACGCCAGACACCCGGUCCUUAGACCAGUUGUUACUGGUACAGCCAGACAAGAAGGAGAUGAUUCUCAGCAACAUGAAGGAGGCCCUGCUACCAUUGAUUGACAAAACAAUAUUGGGGCAUUCAAUGGUGCACAAGAUCUUCUACGAAUUUUUUGCUCAUGCAAGAGAUAAAAUGAGAUCUGAUAUGAUCGAGUCCUUGAGAGAACAUCUUGUUCACAUGAUCCACACUAGGGAUGGUGCGAGGUCAGCCAUGUAUUGCCUGUGGUAUGGGACUAGUAAGGACAGAAAAGUUAUCAUGAAGACCUUCAAGACACACGUGACUAAGAUCUGUAAGGAUGAGUAUGGGUACCUGGUCCUGAUUGCUAUGUUUGAUGUGGUGGACGACACGAAACUUGUGGGGAAGAUCAUACUGGAGGAAAUGUUAAAGUCCUUGAAUGAAAUUGCUCAGAACCAACAUGGUAGGAAGGUUUUCCAGUAUAUCCUGUGCCCCAGGGACCCCCAUUUCUUCCAGCCAGACAUUGUCCGAGUCCUGAAGGAGGGCGACAACAACCCCCACAGUAAGAAGGACUCGACCGUGCGAUACAAGGAAUUGUUAACCAUGGUGUCCCCACCCUUACUACAGUACAUCGUGGACCAUGCUCGCGACCUUGUUCUGGAGAACGGUUCAUUACUGCUGGUCUUGUCAAUUCUCAACCAUGCAAUCGGUGACCCUAGUGAUGCUAUGAAAGCCGUGGCUGAAAUUGCGGCAGAACCGUUCCUAGUAGGCAGCUUAGAAAACCAGCACAUUGUGGAACAUCCAGCAGGUCACCUGACCCUCAAACAUUUGAUACAGAAGGACAGGGAUCGGAUACAGGCACGGCAGUCGGUUCUGUUCUCUCAGGUGUUGUUACAAACAAUCAAAGAAGGGGCCCUGAAGUCCUGGGCAGCUUGUAACAGAGGCUGUUUCACCCUGUUAUUUUUGUUAGAAUUGGAUCAUCCCGAUGUAACAGACUCGGUGAUUAGUCAGAUGUGUGGGAUCAGAAGUUCACUGAAGAAAAUGACAUUUCGGGGAGCUCAGAUUCUCCUGCAGAAGCUGGAUACUCUGAGUGGCGAGUAUAAGUUAUAACUGGAAGUUACUUGGAAGUGAGUCAUCAUUAUUUGUUGUCCACAACAUCUGGGACAUAGAUUGAAGAGCUGAGGGAGAAACAUUGAGAGUGUGGCAUUUGUUCUCUGCGACGUCGAAUGUCAGGGCAUUUUGUACGAUGUGUAAAUUAUGAAUUUUAAUCUUUUGGUAAACAUUUUUUAAUUUUAAUUUUUAUGUGGAAAAUGAGUCUGACAUUAUUUUAGGGGGUUUUGAGUAUAUGCAACAUAAGUAUCAGAAGUAAAUUGAAUACAUGAGGCAUGGAAAUGUAGUGAUGGUCAGAGGACAGGGUGAGUUCUGUGCCUGUGAUUGAAAUUUGUGGGAGAUGUGCAAUGGCAGUAGUUACCAGGUUUGUACCACUGCUGGAGGAAGGCUCACACAAAAUGUUCUUUUGUUGUUGUUUUGUGCAUUAUAUAAAUUCAAUGUCAGUAAAUAUAUAAUUUCAAUGUCCGUAUAUUAUAUAAUUUCAAUGUCAGUACAUCAUUCUUGAUCCAGUUUUUGUAAUUUUUCAAGAUUUUAAUUUUAAAAGGAUGGUUUUUGUUUUAAUUUUUACAUGUACAUUAUGCAAAAUAUUGAGAUAGGCUGUAAAUGAUGUGUAAAUAAAAUUAGAUUACCCAGUGA